AUGCUCAAGGUUUCUUUCCACCUCCUGGGCUUAAGGGUCUUGAUAUCUUGCAUGGGUCUUUUUGGCAAUGUCUUUCUCAUCGUCUCAGUUCUGCAGAAAAGGGUCAAGACAUUCGAGUUGUUUCUUCUCGGACUGGCCACGGCCAACCUGGAAGAGAUCGUCAUUGUCAACAUUUAUGACGUUCUUAUCCUUCAGCGGUCCUUCGCCGUCUCGGACGCGUGGUUGUGCCGCUCGUUAAAGUUCUUGACUGUGUUAGGGGAGAUCAGCAGCAUCAUUUUCACCGUGCUCAUCAGUGUCUACCGUUACCAGAAGCUCAGAGAUGCCAGCAGGAGAGUCAACCUUCCCAUCUGCCUGGAUAACACCUACGCUGCUUGGAAGGCAAUAAGGCUUUGCGUUGGUGUCUCCAUCCUCUUGAGCGCCCCUAUUUUUGUCAUGAAUUUGCAAGACCAAAAAGGGAAUAUUAUAGGGAACCAAACUGGGAACCACACUGGAUGCGCACCGGACUUCUUUUUAUGCAGCAACGACCACUGUCCGACAGUUAAUCGAGUUUACAAGUACGCCUUCAUCCUGCUGUGCUACCUUCUGCCUCUGGUUGUCGUCACGCUGACAAGUUGCCUCAUCGUCACCGUGUUAGUCAGUUCGAGGGCCACGGCGAAGCCUGUCGUCGCUAGCGUUAGUGCUUCUACCCAGAUUGAGAGAAGGACUAAAGAUCGGAGGCUCCACAGCAGCACUGUUGCAAUCCUAGCAGCAAUGGCAUUGUUUCAGGUAGACUGGACUCUAUAUCUGGUUUUCCAAAUGACUUUCAGCCCAACUGACUUCCCUAUUAUGGCAGAACUGGAGUUCUUUAUUUCCACAUCCUACACGUCCAUCAGUCCAUACGUGUUAGGGAUAGGUAAAAACUUGUUUACGAACAAGAACUUUUGGAAAAAGUCAUUUCUUUGA